AUGGGAACUUCUCUGCGAUCCCGCACCAGACAAUCUAGUGGUUUGAGAAAGGGACCUCUGAAAAGCGCCAGAGAAGUCGACUCACGACGCUCCACACACAACACCUCCCUCGCCAGUUCUGCCAAGCCCCCGUCACCUGCCUUCAGCACCUUACCCGAGCAAGAAGCCACUUUGCGAACGGCACGGCACGAUUCGGCCGGCACCGGGUCAGAGGACAUCGCCCCCGAGAUUGUCGUCUGGACUGAAGACAUGGACAGCAUGAUGGUGGACUCCUCUGAAACCCCCGCGUCGGCUACUUCGGCACACGAGGACAAGACCACAUCAUCACCAUCCAUACCCGACCCUCUCGUGCAACAGCCGCCGUCGUUUCCACCAUCCGAAACCCCGCCAACUCCGCUGCAAGAAGGGGAUGCAGUAGAUAAACAAUCAUCUCUUUCCUCAUCAUUGUCAGCCCUGUCGGACCAGUCUGAUCUCUCAUCCUUGCCGCCAUCAGGCUCGAGCAAGGCUACUACCCCUGUUGACGUCGAUAGCUCAAGGGAGGCACCCAUUCCCAGGGUUGACCGACUCACCCAGCCUAGUACUGCCCCGAGACGACGAUACGAUGUCCGACCCAAGGUUUCAAUACCCAGUGAUUUGCCCCUCUCCGAGUAUGCGAUGCAAUGCGUGGCCGGUGCAGAGGCCUCGAGGCUCAAUCCUUACUCGCUUCACCAGGAGGAGUAUCUGAUGCUUCGUGACCACAUAAGCCACGCUCAAGUGACGACCUAUUUAAACAUCCGGAACGGCAUCCUCCGGUUAUGGGUCCGAAACCCACAGAUUGCCGUCACUCGUGAGGAGGCCGUGGGCUGCGCUAAAGAUUCGAGGUGGUUCGACGUUGCGAGUGUGUGUUUUGAUUGGCUUGUCCGCCGCGGCUACAUCAACUUUGGAUGUGUUGAGAUACGGUCGCCACGGAAAAAUGCCGACAGAGAAUCGCCUUCGGGGCGAAGGAGGAGAACUGUCGUUGUCCUCGGUGCGGGCAUGGCUGGUCUCGGCUGUGCGAGGCAGCUCGAGGGGCUGUUUAUGCAGUACGCCAAGAAGUUUCGUAGUAUGGGUGAAGAACCACCUCGGGUAGUUGUUCUCGAAGGCAGAAACCGGAUUGGUGGCAGGGUUUACUCUCGGUCCUUCAGGACGCGGCCUAAGAAUGUCCCUGCUCAGUUCGAGGGAAAGAGGUUCACCGCAGAGAUGGGGGGCAUGAUAAUAACUGGAUUCGAUAGGGGAAACCCUUUGAACAUCCUCCUCAGGGGCCAACUGGGCCUCGCCUACCAUCCACUACGACCAGACACUACGCUCUACGAUUCGAAUGGCAAGCCGGUGGAUCUAGAACGGGACCAGCUUGUGGAGAAGCUCUACAAUGAUUGUCUUGACCGAGUUAGCGAGUACAAAUUCAAGCAACCAACGUCCAAACUGAUUGAGGGCAACAAAGACUUGAUCGACGAGGGCAAGGACAGCUCUGCUGAAACACACAAAACAAUACGCCAAGCCGAAGAGUCGGCCGCAGCGCAGCCGUAUGCAGCGCCCGUAUCGGAGCAGAACAUCGCACCCCAGGUGAAUCUUGUGCCGGUCUCAUCCGAUCGAGCCACAGGCAGGAUACAUACCGAGCCGGGCACGCCAGGAGCUUUGAAGGCUGCACAUAAGGCGAAAAUGAUGGGAUGGGCGCUAAAGCAAGGGGUUAGCGACGACGCUGAUUUGGAUAUCGAGCCAUCAACGAAGGAGCCUGGCGCGACUCUUGGAAGCGUCACGGACAGGGUUAUUGCUCAGUAUCGGGACCUCUUAGAUCUUACCGCACAGGAUUUCAGACUCAUGAAUUGGCACAUUGCCAACCUAGAGUAUAGCAAUGCCACGAACUACCAUCAACUGAGUCUCCAAGGGUGGGAUAUCGACGCCGGAAACGAGUGGGAGGGCAGCCACAGCAUGGUCAUCGGCGGAUACCAGAGCGUGCCAAGGGGGCUCAUGCACCUACCCACGCCCUUGGACGUGAGGCAGAAGUCCCCAGCCAGCAGAAUUACAUACACCGCUGGGAGUCCGGCAGGUUCGGCAACCGUCCAGUGCGAAGAUGGCUUCACCAUACAAGCAGACUAUGUCGUCAACACAAUACCAUUAGGCGUGUUGAAGCACGGAAAUGUCAGCUUUGAGCCGCCACUGCCGGAUUGGAAAUCCGAUGCCAUUAACCGUCUGGGCUUUGGAGUCUUGAACAAGGUGAUUCUCGUGUACAAGGAGCCAUUCUGGGACGAGGAUCGCGAUAUCUUUGGCGUCUUGCGGAACCCGCUCAACCGCCACAGCCUUGAACAAAAGGAUUACGCCUCACAGCGUGGACGCUUCUUCCAAUGGUUCAACGUCUCCAAGACCAGCGGCUUGCCCGUCCUCCUGGCGCUCAUGGCUGGCGACGCCGGCUACGACACGGAGCAGACGUGCAACGACGACCUGGUGGCCGAGGCAACCGAGAUCCUCCGCAGCGUCUUCGGCCCCAGGGUCCCCCACCCGCUUGAAGCGGUCGUCACGCGCUGGGCCUCGGACAAGUUCGCGCGAGGCAGCUACUCAUCCGCGGGACCCGACAUGAAAGCCGACGACUACGACACCAUGGCGCGCCCCGUCGGGAAUCUCUUCUUUGCGGGCGAGCACACGUGUGGCACGCACCCGGCCACAGUCCACGGCGCAUACCUCUCCGGCCUCCGCGCCGCCUCCGAGGUGCUCGACGCCAUGCUCGGCCCCAUCGAGGUGCCCGUCCCCCUCAUCAUACCCAAGGAAUCCGCGCUCAAGCGCAAGGCGGCCCUCCUCGAAUCGGCUGCAAAGGAGGACCCCGUCCAGGCCCGCCUCGAUGCCCACGAGGCCGAGCUCUGGGACCACGUCGUGAGCCAGAUCGGCCCGCGUCCUCCCCUUCCCGCCAAGCCGGCCACCAACGCCUACAUCUUCUACAGCAAGGCCCACUACGAAGACGCGCGCAAGCGCCUCGAGGCCGGCCGGCGUCCCGGCGGCAAAGGCAAGCCGUCGGCCAACGAGGUGCGCGUCAUGAGCGCCAAGAUGUGGCGCGACGCCGGCGAGGAGGAGAGGAAACCCUACGUGGACAUGGCCGAGGAGCACAAGGCGGCGUAUGCGAAAGCCAUGGCCGAGUUCAAGGAGGCCGCGGCCGAGUGGGAUCGCAAGGCGGCCGAGCUCAGGGAGCGGUAUGAGAAGGACCAUCCUUGCGAGGUGGUCGGCGGCAAGGAUGCUGCUGCUGCUGCGGGGGAUGCUGCUACUGCCGAGGCGGGCGGUGCGGUAGCGGCGGAUGCGAUUGCGGCUGCGGCUGCCGCUGCCGCUGCUGGGAGGAGGAGUCGCAUGAAAGUGGAGAGUUAUGCUGAGGUUGAUAGUAGUGACGUUGAGAUGGAGGAGGCGCGGCCAGAUGCAGAGAAAAAGGGAGGGUGA